AUGACUUCCAUCACUGCAACUGAAACCCCACCUUCACUCAUCUCAUCCUACAAUCGAUCAGCAGAACUCAAAGCUUUCGAUGAAACAAAAUCCGGAGUCAAAGGCCUCGUCGACACCGGAAUCCGCCAAAUACCUCGCAUCUUCAUCCACCCACCGGAAACCUCCCCCAAAACCUCCACAACUCUCGAGAUUCCAAUCGUAGACCUUAAUUCAACCGAUAAAGCAUCAACGGUGGAGAAUAUCCGUGUCGCCUCGGAGAAUCUAGGAUUUUUUCAAGUAGUGAAUCACGGGAUCCCUGUGAGUGUUAUGGACGAGAUGCUUCAAGGAGUUCGUAGAUUUCACGAACAAGAUGUGGAGGUGAAGAAACGGUUUUACACAAGAGAUCGUACGAGAACAGUAGUGUAUAAUAGCAAUUUUGAUCUGUAUAGUUCCGCCGCCGCGAGCUGGAGAGACACCUUCUUUACAUCUAUGGCUCCGUCGCCUCCGCCGCCUGAGGAAUUGCCGGAGGUUUGCAGGGACAUACAAAUCGAGUACUCUAAUCAAGUGCUGAAACUAGGAAGCUUACUAUUCCGAUUGAUCUCAGAGGCUUUAGGGCUGAAGGCAAAUCAUCUAACAGAUUUGGAUUGUGACAAAGGGCUUUCAUUCCUUGGUCAUUGUUAUCCUGCUUGUCCACAACCAGAACUAACCAUGGGUACAACCAAACACACAGACAGUGGAUUCCUAACUGUUCUUCUACAAGAUGAAAUCGGAGGACUCCAAAUUCUCCAUCAAAAUCAGUGGAUUGAUGUUCCUCCAAUCCCUGGUGCGCUUGUGAUCAACAUUGGAGAUCUAUUACAGAUGAUAUCGAAUGACAAAUUGAGGAGUGUGGAGCAUAGAGUGGUGGCAAAUGAGAAAGGGCCGAGGGUGUCGGUGGCGUGUUUCUUCAGCUCCUCGUUAGCGACGAAGGUGUAUGGUCCGAUCAAGGAGCUGAUUUCCGAUGACAACCCACCGAGGUAUAGAGAAACCACCGUUCAAGACUAUAUUCAAUAUUCCUUCUCGAAAGGCCUUGAUGGUGUUCCUCGUUUGCUUCAUUUGAAGCUCUAA